GCCUGCGGCCAGUCUGCCCGUGCGACACCGACUGGGCUCUGGACUUUAUACGUGGCUGGUGCGGCCGCCGCAGCUCGGCGUCUCGGUUCCAUCGCGAGCCUCGCGUCCUCCUGUUUGUUUUCAAAAAAAGAAGAAGAAGAGAGAGUAAAACCAUGACCCUUGAGGAAUUCAACGGAGUUGAGGAGCAGCAAGUGGAGAGCUCCGAAAGGAUGCAAGCUGCUGGCAAAGCCCUGGAGGAGUUGCUGAACUCAGCACAACGGCAGCAUUGCUUGACGGUUGGAGUCUACGAGUCUGCAAAAGUCAUGAAUGUUGACCCGGACAGUGUAGUGCUUUGCCUCCUUGCCAGCGACGAACAGGAUGAAGGUGACAUCGCUCUGCAAAUCCACUUCACUUUAAUUCAGGCAUUUUGCUGCGACAAUGACAUCAACAUAGUGAGGGUGAACGAUAUUCAAAGGCUGGUCGAGAUCGUUGGUAACGGUGAUGACAAUGAGGAGCCUAGAGACAUGCACUGCAUUCUAGUCACUAAUCCAAGCCAAGACUCCUGGAAAGAUCCAGCUUUAGAAAAACUCGCUGUUUUCUGUGAAGAGAGCCGUUACACCAAUCAAUGGGUCCCCAACAUCUCCUUUCCUGAACGUUGAAAGUUGUUGCAAAGACUUUGGUGGUUGCUAGUAAUGUGUUUUGAAGUCUCUAAGGGAAAAAUGGUGACUUGGUGGGUCUACAGAAUGACCGGUGAACUCAUCCGUCUCGUCGAUGUGAUGACCAGUACGCUGUGGUGAUCAAACCAGAGGUAGUGAUGAGGACUGGUGAUUGCAAAUGGUUGGUAAAAUGGACUGGCACACAACAGCUGGCUCCUGGAGCAGUGAAAAGGAGGUGGGAGUAUAUUGUGCAUCUCUGCCAAUGGUGUAGAGCUCUGUUUAUGCAUCUUGAAGGAUGAACGUUUGUAUCAGGCUAAACUGUAGGACUGUCUGAUGCUAAGUGCACUUGUGAAAUAGUUAACGUUGACUGCCACAAUGGACUUCCAAGAUAUCAUUUGCAGUUGAACUUGAUGCAAUCUUUAACAAGUAUACUUUGUUUUUUGUAAAGUAACAAAUUAAAUGCUUAAAAGUA